AUGGACACUUCCUACGAUAAAGUCCUAGACAUCGACAUCGGCGACGACGAUAUUCUAUACCGAGUACAGCGCAGUAAUAACAUCGUCUACGUCCGUGUCAUGCCACCCACGAUGAUACCCAAUGAGACUCAACGGACUUUUGGUCCAUAUGUUAUUAAGGAGCUUGCUACGCAUACCCCAUGGUCUCAGCGUUGGACAACCUUGACUAUUGAUGGACGCGGUGAAAAUAUCGAAUACAAAAUCGACGGAAAACAGCCUCAUAGGCUUGAUCUUGGGGAUAUCGACAUCUCCUGCUACGAGAAAAGGAACUUUUUAGAGCUAGAUCGUAUCGAGAGGUGGAAGUCUAGAGUCUGGAAAGUCUCCUGUCUUGAUGGAACAACGCCCAUGAUUUUGAAGAUUGCACGAUUCCAGUUUGAGGUGGAGUGGAUGGCUAAGGAAGCACGCAUAUACCAUGCACUUCGGAGUAGAGAUGUUGCACCGACUAUGGUUGCGCUUGUCUAUGAAGGAACACCGGAUCGUAUCAUCGGCAUUUUAUUGGAAAUGGUAGAGGGUACCUGUGCUAGCAGCUCAGAUCUUGAUGUUUGCCGCGAGAAACUUGCAGAACUACACAAGACUGCACGUCAUGGAGACCUCAACAGAUGGAAUAUUAUCAUCGGGCCAAAUGGACCUAGAUUCAUCGACUUUGAGGAGUCUGAGUUCCGACCAACGAAGAAAGAUCUCGCAUUCGAAGAAAGUUUAAAAGACGAGCAAAAGCAGCUGGAGAAUGCUCUGAUGGACGAAUCCAAUGCUGGUCGGCCAUGCCCUCGACCGAAAUAG